AUGGCCCCAGGUUCGACGUCGUCUUCAACCUACAAGGCCGUGACUCUAGCCAAACGCCCCACAGACGCCAUUGUCAUCAACGAGACCUUUACAGCCAUCACCAAGCCGACCCCGUCUGUUGACGACCUGAAGGACGGCGAGGUCCUUUUCGAAUCCGUCUAUCUCAGCAUCGACCCGGCCAUGCGCGGCUGGCUGAAAGACGCCAGAUCGUACGUUCCUCCCGUGAAGAUCGGCGAGGUCAUGCGUGGCCAAGCUGUGGGCAUUGUACGCGAGAGUAAAGAUCCGAAGUUCCCCAGGGGGUGCUAUGCAGAGGGAAUCGUCGGGUGGACUGAGUUGAAGGUUUGUAAGGGGAGUGAGCUGCAGAAAGUUGAACUGCCAAAGGCGGCGAGGCUUACUGAUGUCCUGGGGGUAUUGGGAAUGACGGGUCUGACAGCCUACUUCGGCAUUACCGAGGUAGGCAAAGUCAAGGCGGGAGACUUCGUCGUUGUCUCCGGUGCUGCCGGUGCAACAGGCAGUGUGGUCGGUCAGAUUGCCAAACUCAAAGGCGCAACUGUCCUUGGAAUCGCGGGAAGCGAUGACAAGUGCCAAUGGCUGAAGAAGGAGGUGGGAUUUGACGAUGCUCUGAAUUACAAGGACAAGGACUUUCCCAGCAAGUUCCGGGCCGCAACAAAGCAAUACAUCGAUCUCUUCUUUGACAAUGUUGGCGGCGAGGUCCUUGAUUUGGCAUUGAGCAGAGCGAAGCCACAUUCUCGGUUUGUCAUGUGUGGAGCCAUCAGCCAGUACAACUCAUCCAGGCCGCAAGGUCCAAAGAACUAUCUCAUGAUCAUUUCCAUGCGCAUUCGAAUGGAGGGAUUUAUCGUCUUCGAUUUUCAAAAAGAAUAUCCUCGAGCCCUCAGGGAUUUGGCUCAGUGGCUGUCCGAGGGCAAGAUAAAGAGGAAGGAAACCAUUGUCAAGGGUGGUGUCGAACAGGCACAGUACGCUCUGAGGGACUUGUAUAAUGGUGUGAACACAGGCAAGUUGUUGGUCGAGGUGAAGCCUGUCGACGAAAAGGUUAAACCGUCUCUUUGA